AUGUGUUGUCAUCUCCCAGAUCACUGGAAGAGCGUCGGCUCUGCAGCGCGAGGUCCCACAGCGAGAGUCUCCGAGGCGGACAACGUCAUCCCCGUCGUCAUAUGUGCAUCGGAGGAGCGUACCGGUGCAACCAUGGCGACCAUCAACAGCGUCCAUAGCAACACAGACGCCAACGUGCUCUUCUACAUUGUCACUCUCCGUGAUGCUGUGAAACCGACCAGACAAUACAUAAUGAGGACUAAACUCAAAGGCAUCAAAUAUAAGAUAUUGGAAUUCAACCCCAUGGUUCUUAAAGGAAAGGUCAAGCCCGACUCCCCUCGACCCGACCUGUUACAUCCACUCAACUUUGUGCGUUUUUACCUGCCUCUGCUCGACAUCAGCCAUAGGAGGGUGAUAUACUUAGACGAUGAUGUCAUUGUGCAGGGCGACAUCAGGGAUCUAUUUAACAUCAAACUGAAGCCAGGCCACGCCGCGGCCUUCUCCACUGACUGCGACCUGCCCUCCACACAUGAGAUGGUGCGCAGCAUCGGCAUGCAGACAACCUACAUGGGCUUCCUGGACUAUAGAAAAGAGACAAUUAGAGACCUGGGCAUCAACCCAAGAGACUGCUCAUUCAACCCUGGAGUGUUUGUGGCAGAUGUCGGCGAAUGGAAGAAGCAGAAGAUCACCAAACAGCUGGAGAAAUGGAUGGAGGAGAAUUUCAGGCAGAACAUAUACAGUAGUGCCAUGGCUGGAGGCGUGGCGGCCCCCCCCAUGCUGAUAGUGUUUCAUGACAAAUACACAACACUGGACCCAAUGUGGCACGUCAGACACCUGGGCUGGAGUCCAGAUGCCCGCUAUCCAGAGAGCGUCCUACAGGAGGCGCACCUGCUGCACUGGAAUGGUCCAUUUAAACCCUGGAAUUACCCCGCUGUUCACUCAGAUCUGUGGGAGAGGUGGUUCAUCCCGGACCCCUCCAGAAGGUUCUCCUUGGUGCGGCCUGACAGCAACGGCUGAGGUCUGUGAAUAUCGUGUCUGAGCCACAUGACAUG